ACGGAGGACCCCCCUCACAGAGGAAAACUGUGGUAACUGUGGUGUGCAGCUGCAGAGAUGCGCGACACAGAAAAACAAGGAGAGAUGAGAGAGGAAAUGGAGGGACAGCACAGGGGAGGACAUUAACCAACCAAUCUUGAGAUGCUCCGAGACACCGAGGGACACCGUGUUCGCUGCGCACUUUGGACAUAAAAAGACGCGGAUUGAUCCGAACACGGAGAGGAGGAGACGGUGGACGGGAGGGGUUUAUCAUGGGGAACGAAGCGAGCCUGGAAGGAGAGGGAGCAGGAGGAGCAGGGCCGCUGUCUGGAGGACUACCAGAGGGGCUGGCACCCGACGGGAAGGGCGGCUUCGUCCGGGUCCCCGGUGGGACUCCGGUGGACCUGAGUGAACUCAGCGAGGAGCAGAGGAGGCAGCUCGCCUCCAUGUCAAGGGCGCAAAGCAGCAGGCAGCAGCAGCAGCAGCCUGGAGGCGCAGCAGCUGCACGAAGACCAUCAGUAUCUGACACCCACCAGCGGUCCCAGCAGGUAGGGGCCUCCAGGGGCCCUACAGGUCUCAGUAAGAGUCGCACUGUAGACGCCUUCAACCAGGGUCCACCUGGUAAGCUCACGCCGGGCCGCAGCCCCUCGUCACUCAGCCUUUUCGAAUCCAGAUUCCGGCAGGAGCCAAAAGACCCAGAUACCAAGUCAUCCGGCAUGUUUGGCUCCAGCUUCCUCAGCGGGGCCAACCCCCUCAGCGCCAUGACCUCCUCUGUCUCCUCCUCCAUCUCCUCCAUGGGCGACACCGUCAACAUCCCCAAGUUUGGACUCUUUGGGGACGAGGAGGAGGGAGACGCUGCAGCAACACCUGAGUCCAAGCAGGGAGGAAAGUCACCGGGCAAGGGCCCUCAGCAAGGGCCAGGUCCAAAGGGACCACAACAGGGAGGACCUCAGAAACAGGGUCAGGGCCCUCCUGGACAGGGGCCAAAGCCAGGGCAAGGACCCCCUGGGCAGGGACCCAGGCAGGGUCAGGGACCACCAGGCCAGGGACCCAAAUCAGGCCAGGGUCCUCCUGGUCAAGGACCCCCUGGGCAGGGACCCAGGCAAGGUCAGGGUCCACCAGGCCAGGGGCCCAAACCCGGCCAGGGUCCUCCUGGCCAAGGACCUCCUGGGCAGGGACCCAGGCAAGGACAGGGACCACCAGGCCAGGGUCCUCCUGGUCAAGGGCCUCCUGGGCAGGGACCCAGGCAAGGCCAGGGACCACCAGGCCAGGGUCCUCCUGGCCAAGGACCCCCUGGGCAGGCCCCCAGACAAGGACAGGGACCACCAGGCCAGGGGCCCAAACCCGGCCAGGGUCCUCCUGGCCAAGGACCCCCUGGGCAGGCCCCCAGGCAAGGUCAGGGUCCACCAGGCCAAGCACCCCCAGGGCAACAGGCCCCCAAACCAGGUCAAGGACAACCAGGUCAAGGCGCCAAACAGGGUGGCCCUCCCCAGCAACAAGGACCUGGGAAGCCUGGACCCAAACAGCAAGGGCCACCAGGCCCCGGGGCUCAUACUGGAGGGCCUCCUGGUCAGCAGGGGACUGGAAAGCCUGGAGGUGGACUCUGUCCACUCUGUAAGACCACCCAGCUGAACAUUGGGUCUAAGGACCCGCCUAAUUACGAUAACUGUACUGAGUGUAAGAACCAGGUCUGCAGCCUCUGUGGGUUCAGCCCCCCAGACUCAGCGGGUAAAGAGUGGCUAUGUCUGAACUGCCAGAUGCAGCGAGCGAUGGGAGGUAUGGAUCCCCCCGGCAUGACGAAGCCCAAACAAGGCUCAGCUCCGCCCUCGCCCCAGAGACAGGCGCCCGGCAAGCCUGGCAAGCUGCUGAUAAAGCAGCAGAGUACCACCGACCCAGGGUUAACGCCGCCAACCACGCCGAGGCAGAAAUCCCCAGGUUCGACCUCUCCUGGGCCGCUUUCCCCCGGCUCCUCAUUGGGAGGAUCCCCCAAGAUCGACCCUAAGACAGGCCGCCCCAUUCAGCCAAAAUCCAGUCCUCAGCAGUCUCCGGCUAAACCCAAACAGGAGUCCAGCUUUUUUGGGGGAUUUGGGGGAGGUAUCAGUCUGGGAGGCUUGACGGACUCGGCCAAACCUGCUGCGGGCGAGUCCGUUACGGGAAAACUGUUCGGCGGGUUCGGCGGUUUGAUGGAAUCGUCGAAGCCUCAAGCGCAGACCGCGCCGAAGCAGGAGGAGUCAGUGGCGGGGAAGUUGUUUGGAGGUUUUGGAGGGUUGACGGAAUCGGCGAAAUCUCCCGCCUCUGCUUCUCAGAUGUUCAGCUUUGGAUCGUCACUCUUGAGUUCGGCCACCAAUCUUGUCUCCGGGGAGGAUGAGAAGGCAGCGGGUUCUCCACCCGGGUCCCCUCUGGAUUCUGACCCCGGCUCGCCACCUGAGUCACCCUUCUCUCCUCCUGGGUCUCCUCCCGAUUCGGACUCUGCUCCCGACACCCCACCUGCUAGGUCCAAGAAACCCCCCAGAACCCUUUCUGUGGAGCAGGACGAGAAGACGCCGGCGGCCAAACCUGCACCUGCACCUGCACCUGCACCUGCACCUGCACCUGCACCUGCACCUGCACCUGCCUCAACAACCAAGGGAAGCUGCCCUCUCUGUAAUGUGGAGCUGAACGUCGGCUCGGCAGACACGCCCAACUACAGCUUCUGCACCGAGUGCAAGAAGACAGUUUGCAAUCUUUGUGGAUUUAAUCCGACUCCCCAUUUAGGCGAGAAAGAAUGGCUCUGCCUCAACUGUCAGACCCAAAGAGCCAUGUCGGGCCAGCUGGGAGACGUGCCACCUCCAGCCAUGGCGUCCCCGAACAAGCAACCACCUGCUCCUGCUCCCUCUUCCACCCCUGCUCCUGCUGCUGUAGAUAGCAAACCUGUAGUAGAAGCACCAGACCUAACCCCACCGGCUCCUGAUACCAAGGUGAAAACAGCAGUGGAGACCUUGAAAGAGCCUGGGGAGAAAGAAUUGGCCGCCAAGGACAGCAGUCCCACCAGCCCAUCAGACCUAGCCAAGCUGGAAAGCACCGUCCUUCCCAUUCUGGAGGCCCAGGCAAGCACACAACCAAAGGACGAUGAGGAGAAACUAACAGACACUCUAAAGACCAGACGUAAACUAGAGGUGCUUCCUCUCUCGCCUGACUCACCCAGCUCAGAAGAUGACAGGGAACUUUCCGAGAAGAAUGCCAAAGGUACCACAAAGAAAAAGCUCCUUGUGCCCAUGGAUGUCAGGGCAGAUUCCCUGGAUGAUAGCAGCGAAAGCUUUGGAAAAGAAAGCCCGAUGUCUGGGGAUGAUGAGGAAUUUAUCCGGAAACAGAUAAUGGAAAUGAGUGAGAAUGAGGAUGGUUCCCCGUCUGAUGAGGAAAACCUAAUUCGACGCAAGAUCAGAGAGAACGAGAAGAAACAGAUGGAACAGAAGACAACAGAGGCUGUAGAGAAGAGUACAUCGGGAAAAGCCAGGCGACUUACCAAGAAAAGCACUAUCAGUCCAGAUGAUGAAGAAGAUAAGCAACUCCGUGGCUCAUUGGAAAAACCUGAUAUAGACAAAGAGGAAGGACAAGAACCAAAAGAAGAGGAGCAACAGACUGGUACUGGAGUUCGCAAAUUCCAAACUAUGGAGCUGAAUUCAACCAGCAGCCCUAUGCGUAUACAUAAUGAUGAUGGAGAGCCUGAAAUGGAAAGCCUUACAGACUCUCCAGAUGAUCGGUCUAGAGGUGAGGGGUCAUCCAGUCUACAUGCGUCCAGCUUCACACCUGGGACAUCCCCAACAUCCCUCUCAUCACUGGACGAAGACAGUGACAGUAGUAGUCCCAGCAAUAUCCGUUCUGGUGAGGGUAAACAACACAGGAAAGCCAAACACAGGCAACCUGGUCAAAUGCUGCCAACUAUUGAAGACUCCUCUGAGGAAGAAGAGUUACGGGAAGAAGAGGAGCUGCUCAGGGAGCAGGAAAAACAAAAGGGCUCUGGGAAAAAAUCCAAGAAAGACAAAGAAGAGAUUCGAGCCCAGAGGAGGCGAGAGCGUCCGAAGACACCACCAAGCAACCUUUCCCCCAUUGAAGAUGCCUCGCCGACCGAGGAACUGAGGCAAGAAGCUGAGAUGGAGGAAAUCAGACGAUCAUCCUGCUCUGAUUUCUCCCCCAGUAUUGAAUCAGAUUCGGAAGGAUUUGAAAUCCAUGCCGCAAAGAUAGCAGCGGUUCAGAAAACCUAUCGACUGCCUAUAUCAGUAUCUCUUCAAUCCCCAACAGACGAUCAAAAUACUGAUCAACCCCAGAAAAAAACUCUCAAAUCUGCUGAUGAGGCUUAUGAGGAAAUAAUGCUGAGGGCUAAGUCUCCAACACUUGAGAAAGGCGAGAUUCAAAUGGGAAAAGAGUCUCUUUAUGGAGGUAUGCUUAUUGAAGACUACGCCUAUGCGUCUCUUAUCGACAAUUCAACAACUGAUCUGGGGGAGCCAGAGAAGAUUGUUGUUCCUGCUCAGCCCAGAACGCUGAGAUCACCAGAUGAAGUUUAUGAAGACAUGAUCAAGAAGAGGAAGGAAUUCAUGAAGCUGGAGCAGGAGUAUCAAAAUAUGCAGCCCAAAAAGGAAAGCACUACCCCAGAAAUUGUGUUGCAACUUGCUGAGAAUACCUUCUGCCAUAGCAGCACAGUAACGUUAGGCAAAGAUGGAAAGCCAUUGUUGGAUGCUGAAACUGCCUAUGAAGAGCUGAUUAAAAGAGGGCUGACUCCUGGAACAAGUCCAACUCAGGAGCCAGAAGUGGAAGCCACUGCAUCUCGACGGGCACUCCACCCCAUUCCAGACUUGAGGGUGACGCAGUGCUCUUCAGGAGAGUUGUCUUCUGAUGAUGAGAGUAUGAUUAAAAAGGAAGAGGAUGUAACUGCGGUAUCAGACACAUCAUCAGCUGUGGAAACUGAGCCUGUGACAGUGGUUUCCGAGUCCCCUCCAUCGUACACAUCAGACCAGCAACCUCACACCACAAUCGCAGAAUCCCAGGCUGAUGUUGUUGACUUAUCUAGUGCACUCCCAAAAACAUCAGGCCCUGUAAUUGCCAGUGUAUCACCCUUGCCCACAGUUCCCCAGUACACACCCGGUAUUCCAAGCGUAGUGUCAACUGCCCCACCUAUACCCCCCAAGCCAAGCGUCAUACGUAGGGCUAAUUCUCAGGAAAAAGCGGAAGUACCUGUUGCACCGCCACUGCCUCCUCCCACCCCACCAAAACCUACUGUUUUUCCCAGGAAGGCUCCGGUUCCACUUCCACCUCAGGCGUCAGCAACUCCAAUCAGGCCAGAGGUAGUGGCUAUGACUGCAGCCCAAGGACCACCUACAAGACAAGCAGUUACACCAAUGUACAAGCCUCAUGUUCCCCCUCCUGUUGCCCCGAAGCCAUCCAUUCAUGCAGGGAUUGGGGAUAGCCAUCGACCAGGACAUGGUGUCAAACCACCAAUUGCACCAAAGCCGGGCUCACAGCCUUCUUCACCUGCCCAUGCUCCACAUCCAUCAAGACCCACCGUACUGCCCACUGGUUCUGGUAAUGACACAGCCCUAAAUCUGAGCCCUUCUUCUGAGAGCAAGCUGUUUCAACCCUCACCAAAGUCUCCCUCGUCUCCAAGAUAUGCCAGCAAUCUUCGUGACACAUAUGUAGUCAUCACACUGCCAUCUCAGCCCAGCUCUCCAGUAGACAGCAUCUCAACUCAAGCUCCCUCUAGCCCUGGCCCAGUAUCUCCUUUACGCCAAGCUCAGCCCCAAAGUUAUCACCAACCACAGCCUCAACCUCAAUCUUAUCCACAGCAGCAUCCGCAACCAGCCCCUCCUCAAACAACCAGGGUGCCUCUGGCAUACACGCGAGUCACAGAAUCCAUUGAAAGUCAAGAGAUUUGUGGCCCAGAAAAACAUGUAUCUAGUUCUUGUCACAUAAUUGAGGCUAUAUCUGCCUCGGCACAGCCGCCUGUGGUUAUGCCUAACCUGAUCUCUCAAUUGGUCACCACCGAAGUCCAAAGGACCACUUUCUCUGUUGUUCAUGAAAGGACAUCACCACCAGUGCCAGCUCCAAGGGCAAAUGGCGUCCCAAUCUCAAUGGAGAAACCUAAGCCCCAAUUGCCAGCACAGAAUGGACAGGCCGUCCAACCUUCUGAGGUGGUAGACCUUAGGACUAUGAAGGUAGACCCUCAAUCAGACAUGAAUGGUGUGGAUCUGUCCUCUGGGCCAGACUCAAGACGUCAGUCCUUUGCGACUGAUGUCAGUCGUCAGAACAGUGCAGUGCAGUCACGUGUGGUCAACCUCAGUGCUGAAUCAUCCACUGUUUCUAUAAUGACUGAUAGUAUCACCAUUGUGACCUGCUCUGCCACAAUUCAGCAUUGUGACAACGUAGACACCUCUCAAUUAUCUUCAGUGCCCCUUCAGCUAACGAAAAACAAAGCAUUUGAGCCCGUUUCUCAAAUUAUAUAUCGGCCAAUUGAUUCUCAGCCCUCCUUUGAUAGUGGUACAGAGAUCCCUAUCAACCUCUCAGUUGGAUCAAGCACAGGUGGAGGGACUUUCCAGACCACCCCUGUCACUAUUGCACCCACUUGUAUUGCAAGUUGUGUCGCUAAUGGAUUAACUACUGGUACAACCACAGUGGCAGGAGCUGUUGACCUCAGCACGACAAAACCAUUCAACACUAUGGUAUCAGUGGAUGCUGCUUCUGCAGACGUUGUCACAGCUGUAAUCACAGAUGAUGAUGGCAAACCAGUGGAUCUGACUGGAGGAAAAAGAGCUGUAUGCUGUGAUGUUGUGUACAAGCUCCCAUUUGCAGGAAGCUGCACGACUCAGCAACCUACCACACCCCUGCCUGAAGAUCGUUUUGGAUAUCGUGAUGACCAUUACCAGUAUGACCGAUCACCUUACGGCAUGAGAGGGUUUGGUGGAAUUAAGCCGUCGAUGUCCGACACUAACCUAGCAGAGGCUGGCCUGUUCAUUUACAAGAGUAAGAACAGCUAUAAUUUCAGUGGUACCACAGACUGUGCUGUAGAUCUUACCUCAGCAAAGAUUUCGGAUGCAGGUGAAGCUGUUGACUACUCCAAGAAAGGAACUUACGCAGGAAUGACAAUUCCACCCUAUUCCCAAGCCAGAGUCACAAGUGCUGUUGGUACACUCUUUGGUACAAGCAGCGUCUUGAGGUCAUCAAAUGGGGUGGUCUAUUCCUCUGUUGCGGCACCAAUCCCAUCUACGUAUGCCAUUACCACUCAACCUGGGUCCAUCUUUAGUACAUCAUACAACUCUCUAUCGGGUAUGCAUACCAGCGACACCAUGCCUUCCCUGUCCAACCUCCAGAAUUUGCCCCUUACACGCUCCCACAGUUUCCUGUCCACCAUCUCCACUACCGCGACAGAAGAACAAGGAGAUGCCCCACUCAAUCUAGAGAUCUCUAGAGUGGGUAGUACUUCUGCUUUCGCCACAGCAACAGCCUCUUUAUCCCUCGACACCUACACCGAUGCAUCCCUGGAGGCCAUAGCUGCUUCACUGGAGGCUCUGUCUUCACCCAUGGUUCCUGGGGAUGGCCAGUAUCAGGCGGAGCGUGAGAGGCUAGAGAUGGAGAAACUCAAGCAACAGCGCUUGGCGGAGGAGUUAGAGUGGGAGCGCAAUGAGAUUCAGCGGUUCCGAGAGCACGAACAGCUCUUGGUGCAGAAGGAACUGGAGGAGCUGCAGUGCAUGAAGCAGCAGAUCCUUGACCAGCAAGAAGAUGAAAGACAGGCUCACCUUAUGAUGCAGAAAGAAACCUACGCCCAGCAACAGCAGCAGCUUGAGCAGAUUCAGAGACUCCAAGAGCAACUGCGCAUGCAACUGGAAGAGCAAAAACUUCGUCAGAUGUACCCAGGUGGGGACAUGCCAGGGCACGGCGUGCAGGAAGCAAUUGUCUUAGGACCUGAUGGCACAGUGCUGUCCCGAAAGAUCACGGAUAGCGGGUGCCAGACAGAUGAAGAGGAUGAGGCAGUCAGCAAAGCUUACACAGCAGGGAGAAAAAAGAGAAGUGCUAAAAAGAGUGUUGACAGUUGUGUGCAGACUGAUGAUGAGGAUCAAGACGAAUGGGAGGCUCAGACAAGAAGCCGACAAAGCCGGCCACGCACUUCCAGGGGUGAUAGGGGUGGGCAGUCAGAGAUGUCUCUUAAAGCUCACACUGAGAUUUCUAUACAAACAGAUACAGAGGGCAACAUUAGAAUGGACACGAGGAUGGAGCUGUCUGACUCUGAAAGGACCUCACCAAACAAACGACCUACCCCCUUAGAAAUAGGCCAGUCUCCUAACCUCAAAGUUGAUUCCUCUACGCUUCAAGCCCCUCCUAAAUCUCCCAAAGUGCUCUAUUCCCCAAUAUCCCCCUGCAUAUCUCCUAGCAAAUCCCUCGAGUUUGUGUCCUAUGAGAAAUCGCUGGGUGAUACAAGCCCGCAAAAGCUAAGAGGAAGUGCGGAUCCAUCAAAAGCCUCUCCACCAAGUCCCCGGGGACCCAAAGCCAUGCAGAGAUCCAUGUCUGACCCUAAGCCCAUGAGUCCAACAGGAGAAGAAAGGGCAACAUCUGGCACCCAGUACAGUGAUACGGGGAAAGGCUCAGGUGGCACACCAACAGGCACUCAAAAGAAGGUGAAAAGGACUCUCCCCAAUCCACCGUCAGAGGACGAGUCAACGACGAGCGGCCAGACAGCAUACAGCACAGGUUCGGCCCGCCGACGAAUGUGCCGCAAUUCCAACAUGGCACGUGCCAAGAUUCUGCAAGACAUCGAUCGUGAGCUAGAUCUGGUGGAGCGCGAGUCUUCCAAGCUCCGCAAAAGACAAGCAGAGCUCGAUGAGGAGGAGAAAGAGAUUGAUGCCAAGCUUAGGUACCUGGAGAUGGGCAUUAAUCGUAGAAAAGAUGUGUUACUAAAGGAGAGAGAGAAGAGGGAAAGGGCCUAUUUACAGAGCGUUGCCGAGGACAGAGACUACAUGUCAGACAGCGAGGUUAGUAACAUCCGAGAGACGAGAGGUGGGCGCGGAAGUGGUGAAGACGAGGAGAUUGAAGAUCAUGGUCUUGAACGUCCCAGGACAGCUCCCCAGUCAGAACUGGAGGACUUUGUCCCACCUCAAACCAAGCAUGAGUAUGGAAAAUACUCCCAGUAUCAAUACAAUCAAACCCAAUACCAGCAGUCUCUCUACCAGACUCCCCAGUCCUACCAGUCUCAUUCUCUCUACUCCUCUGUCCCCUCGCUCACUAGUGCCCAGCAGCAGAGUUACCACCAGAUGCUCCUGCUGCAGCAGAAAGCCGCCAGACAAGCCGCCCUCCUCUCAGAGCUGGACGCAACGAAAUAUGAAGUCAUUAGCCGCCAGCCUGAUCCCACAUCAUCAGCCUACCUGGGAGUCAAGUAUGACAAAUAUGGCAACCACCUUGACCUCAGGGCCUUGGACGUGGGGAGUAUAGCACGUAGCCCCAUGUCAGCAGUUUCUGACUCCUAUUACACAGAUGUAGACCACCAUACACCUCGGAGUUACAUGUUGCUGGAAGAUGCUGCAGAGCUGGCUAAGGGCUCCGUAGGUAUGUCUUCAUCUUACAGUCUGGCUGAGAGGGAGCUGGCCAAGGCGGAGAAGCUGCUGCGUAGGAGCGCUGCCGAUCUGGGGUCUACUGACUAUCUGGGAUCCACCUCUAGACUCCAUAGCUAUGGAAAGACCCCAGAUGAGGAGGAUACAAUGGAGGAACCCUACGAACUGAAACUCCUGAAGCAGCAGCUCAAGCAAGAAUUCAGGAGAAGCACGGGUGGGACGGAAAGCUUGGAACAACUGACAGGCCUCUCCCAGAACUACUAUACCCCGAGCUCUAGCAUGUCUAGCUACUCCCAAAGACACUACCCAAAGACAGACAAGUACAGCAUCAGUCGACUUACUCUAGAGAAGCAGGCGGCUAAGCAACUCCCAGCAUCCAUGUUGUACCAAAAACACAAGACUCCAUUGUUAGAGCCUAAGAUCUCCUCCAAGUAUUCCUCUAUUACAGACAACAGAGGUUUGGAGACGGAUUAUACCAGCUAUCUUGGGUCUACCAGCGCAGCUGCAAGAGCCAGCCGGCUCUCGCAAGAUGAGCUCACCUUCGGCCUUCGUAAGAAUAUCGCAGAGCAACAAAAAUACCUUGGGUCCACCUUGGGUGCCAACUUGGCUGGGUCACUAAACUUGGGCCAGAGCUUAGGUUUGGACUCUGCCUAUCCUAGUGGCAGUCGCUCAAGACCCUCAUCCAGGCCCACAUCUUGCUACGGCCUGGACUUGUCCAUCAAAAGAGACCCUUCUAGCUCUUCGCUGAGGCUCAAAGGGGAUGGUGAAACAUCCGGGGACAUACCAAGCUAUCAAACCCCCUCCGGUCGCACCAAACCUACAAGCCUUCCCAUUGUGCAAAGUGGCCGCGGCCGACUACCCAUAGUGGCCCAGAACUCGGAGGAAGAGAGUCCGUUGAGCCCUGUCGGACAGCCUAUGGGCAUGGCCCGCGCAUCAGCAGGACCACUGCCGCCCAUCUCCGCUGAUUCAAGGGACCAGUUUGGUUCCUGCCUGUCCUUGCAGGACUCCCAGCAGCAGCAACUGAUCAUGGAAGAGCCAACCAGGGGUAGGGGUUAUGUGCUGAUGGAUGACCUUCAGGGCACCAUGUCAGAUAGUGAAGCCCUAAGUGAUUCCAUGAUGGCUUUGAACAGAGACGAUGCGACCAAUGCCUACCACCUUAGACGAGAGGAGACGGACUGGUUUGAAAAACCUAGAGACGGGCGGUCGGAGAACGGACAAGAAAAGAGACAGGGAAAAGGCCCGUACUACCCCUUCCCUCACCUCAGGGUCAAACUGCAGAGGGAUCCCAAAGACCGCAGUGUCUCAGGAAAUGGUCUGGGUAUCCGUGUGGUUGGAGGGAAAGAGGUCCCUGGCAGUAACGGAGACAUCGGAGCGUAUGUUGCCAAAGUCCUACCUGGUGGAGCUGCAGAACAAACAGGAAAGAUUCUUGAAGGAAUGCAAGUCCUGGAGUGGAAUGGUGUUCUUCUGACGGGGAAGACCUACGAAGAGGUGCAAGGGCUCGUCGGGCAGCCGUGCAACGAGGCAGAAGUGUGUGUCAGACUUGAUCUCAACAUGCUGGCUGAGUCUGACGGUUCAGAGCACCUGGAUUUCCAGGAGCACAGCAAAGGUGACAGACCUCCCAGGUCUCCAGGUGUUGACCCGAAGCAGCUGGCGGCUGAACUGCAGAAGGUGUCCCAGCAGCAGGCUCCCACCUCCACCUCCUCCUCCAGCCUGCCCCCCACCACCUCGGCGACCUCCAGCCCCGGCCAGCCAGGAUCUCCCUCCGUCAGCAAGAAACGCCACGGCAGCAAGACUGCAGAGGGAAUGAAGACCCAGACCCACCCCGUCUCUGGAGAGAUACAGCUUCAAAUCCACUAUGACAAGCAGCUCGGCAACUUGAUCGUUCACGUCCUGCAGGCCAGAAACCUCGCCCAGCGGGACAACAAUGGCUACUCUGACCCGUUUGUUAAAGUGUAUCUCCUACCAGGGAGAGGUCAGGUCAUGGUUGUCCAGAACGCCAGUGCUGAAAACAAGAGGAGGUCCAAACACGCAGGCAAGAGUCUCAACCCCGAGUGGAACCAGACUGUCAUCUAUAAAAACAUCCAUCUGGAGCAACUGAGGAAGAAGACCCUGGAGGUGAGCGUGUGGGACUACGACAAGUGUUCCUCUAAUGACUUCUUGGGAGAGGUCCUUAUUGAACUGUCCAACACAACCCAGCUGGACAACGUCCCGCGGUGGCUCCCCCUGAAGGAGCAGAGCGAGGGGGACCACCACCGGCGCUCCCACUCGAGCCAGGGCCGACACGGCUCCUCUAAACCGUCCUCACAGCACUCCUCCCCUAAAACCACCGGCUCCGCGCAUGACAAUCAGGACUCCCCAAAAUCAUCUGUCAUCAAGAGCCGGAGCCACGGGAUCUUUCCGGAUCCGGCCAAGGACACGCAGGUGCCCGCUAUCGAGAAAUCUCACAGUAGCCCCGGCACAUCGAAGCCUUCCCCGUCCGAGGGCCAGAGCCAAAGCCACGGACACAGCCAACACUCUCGCUCGCACGGCGCUUCACGCUCCAGCAAAAACGCCGCGCGGCAACACCAUCAGGAUGGCGGCGCCGGACGUGGAGGCGCUGCCGUAGCAACGGGCGAUGCCCUGCAGCAGCAGUCGCAGCAGCCGCAGCAGCAGCAGCAGCAGCAGCCGCCGCAGCCGCAGCCGCCGCAACGCCUCCAACCAACUCGGUCGAGCUACAGAUCCGGCGAUGCCCCGGUCACAGCGGCGUCGUUGGACAGCGGCCUGAGCGGCAGCGCCUACAGCCUAUUGGACGAGGAAGGAGAGACGAACGAGGUGGACAGUGCCAUCUUCCAGGUGCCCCGACUUGGAAAGAUCCCAAACGGCACAGAUGCGAUGAAAUCAUCAAUGGGACACGGUGACACUGAAGGUAAGUCCCAGGUAAUGGGGGAGAUAAAGAUCGCUCUGAAGAAGGAGGUUAAGACGGAGGGAGAUCAGCUGGUCCUUGAGAUUCUUCAAUGUCGCAACAUCACCUACAAGUUCAAGUCUCCAGACCACCUGCCUGAUCUGUAUGUGAAGCUCUAUGUGGUGAACAUCGCCACCCAGAAAAGGAUCAUCAAGAAGAAGACCAGAGUGUGUCGUCACGACCGCGAGCCAUCUUUUAACGAAACCUUCCGCUUCUGUAUGAACCCGGCUGGACACUCUCUACAGCUGUUCCUGGUGUCCAACGGUGGCAAGUUUGUAAAGAAGACCCUGAUCGGGGAGGCCUACGUGUGGCUGGACAAAGUCGACCUACGCAAGCGUGUGGUGAGCUGGCACAAGCUGCUCGCCAGCACUGCCCAGAUCCACUCAUAGAAGGAGACUCGAUCUAAAAAAAAAUAAAAACUAAGCCUGUGAGGGCGCGAAGAGGUUUCUGUCAUCUGGGGACGCUUAGGUUGAACAUCUGUAACACUGAUCCACUCUUGUUGGGUGGGGCAAAAGGGUGGUUUGGGGUAUGGGAGUGGGCGAAAUAUCUCUUUCUUCAAUCUUUGUUUCAGGGCUCAGAGUGUUUGGAGGAUGCUUUCGUUCGCAAGGGCGGCUCUGAUGGUGAUUUCUGUCGUGCAGGAAGUUUGAAGGGAAGUGCGUUUACAGGAAAUGAACACAAGUUUACAGGACGUACAGUGUACAGCAGUGUAGCCAGGGCUGAGGGGAACACAGGUGCUGAGUUCAGAGGUCAAGCACGGAAUCAACCAGGUAUUACACACUUUAAUUCACAACACACACACACACACACACACACACGCGCGCACACACAGUUACUUAAGACAACUUUGCACACUCAUUCACGCAGAAGAGAAAUUUUAAUUCUACAGGGAAUGGACACACUUGUGGAUUUAUUUAUUUAUUUAUUUAGAUGUUUUAUCCAUGAAAGAUUUUUCCUCAUUGCUUUAUUAUGAGCGCAGAGUUUUAUUGAUUUACAAAAAAAAGCAUUUCGGGAAUGAAAUAUUGAAGACUUCCGCUGCGGAGAUCCUCAUAUUUAUUUUUGUAUUAUGAUAUUAGCGUAGAGUUCUAUCAUUUUGUCUUCUCCUCAAUUAUUUAAAAAUCUAUCCUGUGAAGGAAGCAUAGUAUAUUUUAUAACACACUACCUAGCAUUCCCGUUGAAGAGGAAAAAAAAAAAAGAAAUCACAGCAAGCAUGAAUUUAUUAACAAAAUCAUCUCCUUGUUCACUUUGGAUCCCGUCUUCUCUCUCCGUAAGUGUGAGUUCUAUCAAAUGAUCAAUAUUGAUUAUAUAUUGAAUUGGACACUAUGUAUUGUGCGCAUGAUGAGUUUAUCUAUUUGGUAUGCACAAAAAAAAAAUCACCUCUAAGGUUCACUUUGUAUAUAGUGAAGUGUCAUAGCUGGAAAUUAAUUAUAAUAUAUAUAGAUAUAUAUAUAUAUAUAUAGAUAUCUUUAUCACAGACAAUCGAGUCUUGAUGAUUGUGACAUAGAGGUUUUAUUUACCCAUGAUGCCCCUUAGAAUGUGAGACAUUUACCAUAUGAGAUUUAAGUAUUUUUCUUUGUGAGAUCCAGGCACAUUAUAUAUAUCAGUCCUGCUUUCAGUUGUAGGAGCAACAAACGCACGCUUUUUGUGGUAUUUUGCACUUUUUUCCGCUUAGAAUGUAAAACUGACGUCAACAUCCUGAGAUAGCCAGAGAUUUUUUUUUCUUUCCAAAGGGGGAGGAAGUAGAGAGGUAAAGUAAAGAUAUUGAUGACAAUAUCAGGAGAUAUUGUGGCGAACAAAAGAUAAAUGUGCCGGAAAUAUCCAUAUAAAAAAAAAGCACUAUUACCGUUCUAAGAUACGACGAUGCUAUUACAAUAGCAUGCUGAUGUUUUGUCCCGGCUUUUUUUUCUCAUAAAUGUCUUGAUAUUACCACUUCAAAUGUCGUCUUUAAAUGUCUACUCUGUCCAUUAUGUCUUGAAAAAGGUCAUUGUGUGUGCUCGUAUUCGGGGGUCAAGAGGCAGGACAGCUGGUUCAUUCACCAUUUAUAAUCAAAUUUAGCAGUGAAAAUUAAUAUCUUAGUGAUUUCUAUGCAACAUCUACUGUGUAAAGGUGGUGACUGUAUCUUGACUCUUGAAAGGUAACAUUUGUUGUGAUUUUUUUUCUUUUGCACUCCUUUGUUUUCAUGUCCUCCAUGAAUUAAUAUGAUUUUUUUUAAUUUAACGUGUUAUUUUGUAUUGCUAAUAUGAAUCUUUAUUUAUUGCCAGUGAGACUAUUUCAUAUGUUGUAUUAUAUUGGUUUACAGUAUCAGGUGUACAUAAAAAAUAGUUUUGUUUUUAUACACAAUGUAGUGCUUGUUUACAAGGUUUAGAAUGGCCUGAAACUCAGAGAACCAACUUUCUUGUCCUCGUGCACCAACACACACUCGGAAAUUAAUAUUCACAGAUCCCAAAUUUAACAUAGUUAUGAAUUAAUAUAAGAAAAAACAUUCAAAUGAUUCCCAUAUUUUUAUGCACUCCCCCUUUGAAUAGUCUCCAGUAUGUGUGAGAAAUGACCAAAAAAGACAACAUAAUCAAUGGAUGUUAUACCUGAAAUUAUAGUUUUAAGGUCAGUGUUUUGUUUUUCUUAUUUUUAUACCCAUGUGCUUGUGUGUAGCAUCUUCAUACCAAGUCCGCGCAUGUCAUUGGCUCUAAUCUCUUCUUUUAAGUGUUGUCUGUCUAAAAAUAUCGACUUUAAAAUCUCUCGAAUUACACACACUCUCACACACACACACACACACACACACAGAUGCUAUCUCUCUAUUUCCAACCUUGUAAAUACAUAGCUUUUUAUACUGGGGUUUGGGGAGCAAUAGGUCUUUUAGCAGACAAAAACAGGUGUGUGAUCAUAGAAGUAAAAGGAAGUUGUUUUUCUCUCGAUCAAUGUACAGCGGAUAGACUGAGAAACGACCUUAUAUGUCUGCCUAUAGGGACCCAGAUUUAACCCGACCCUUUACACCAAAACACUAAAGGUUUACCAGAUGUCUAACUACACAGAAGUCUAUCGUAAAACAACUCAAAAGCAGUUGCAGGAGAAUUUAAAUGUGCUCACACUGGAUGUUGCAUGUUUCGUUGGUGGUUCAUACUAUUUUUGUGUCCAGAUAUUAUUAAAGAAAAAAAAACGAAUGAGGUAGAGAAAGAUAUAGAACAAAAAUGUUAUAGAGGGGGAAGGGGGAUAUUAUGAAGAAAAACCUAUUAAAAAUUAUUGAUGACGUAUGCUGACUGUACAAAGAUUAUGCUUGUAAAACCUGUCUGGUUUUUCACUUGUAAGUAAACAGGAAAAAAAAAUCUACUGUCAUGGUUUUGUGAUUGUAUACAGGAGGUAUUGAUAAAUUAUGCAAAUUGUGCUGUAAAAAUGGCUGUUGCCCCAUGUCUAAAUAUUAAAUAUCAGUACAAAUGAAA